AUGACGAACUUCACCGAACGCGAAAACGCGGCGCCGAGCGCUGAACCGAAAAUCACCCCCGCCGACAGAACCGACUCUUCAGCAUCGCUCAAGAGCCUCGGCAACGCCAGUGAUACCGAAAGCGCGGAACGCCCUGUGCGCGAAAAGUUGCGGAACACGUCGAUUGCCGGCGUGAAGGAUUUGGAAGCAUCCACAGAGCUGGAAAUGACAGGCACCGACAAUGGUGACCUUGCCGGAGAGAAGGGCGAGGAUGACCGUGGCCGUGUAAGGAGGAAGAGAAGCCACGAAGAGGUCGAAAAAGGCAAGAGCGACGAGCUCAAGGUUGAGAAGCAAGGCAGGAAGCGGUCGAGGGACCUCACAAUGAGCGGCACAGAGCCCGAGGGUACGAGGCGCAAGACUGCCGGCGAGAACAACACCAACGAAACCACCGAGGAUGGUCCACCCGCGAAGCGAUCGCGCACCCCCACUGAAGCGGAGACUCAGUCACAAAAGAACGGGUUGAUGAGCCCCAAGGGCAAGCGUGGCCGUGAGGAAUUCGAGGCUGAAGAAGGCAGUAACGCCAUGGCUCCCGAGGUAAAAGACCCCCCGGCAAGCUCUUCAGCAAAGCAAGAUACCGAUGAGACCACCGACAAGGCCAAGAAGGCCAAGUCCAAGCGUACCAGGGAGAGCAACAGCCCUGAACCUAAGUCUGACGGGGCCAAGCGCACUGAUACCAAGGCGCAGAUCCCGCAGGGCAGCGGCUUUUCAAACACUUCUGCAGUUUCUCCAUUUGCCGCUUUGGCAAGCAGCAAGUCUCCUACUCCGACUACGGCGGCACCUCAACCGCAGACCUCCGAUAGUGCUUUCAAGUCCUCAGGCUUCAGCGCACUUGCCGGCUCUACCACGUCUGGCUUCGGCGCUCUCGGUGCCGCUGCCACCAAGCCUACUGCUAGUGUCUUCGGAGGUGCGGCUUCCACUCCUAGGCCUGCAAUUACCGGCCUCGGCAACAGCGGUUCGCAAUCGCCAUUUGGUGGCCUUUCUUCUACCGAAACCAAGUCCCCAUUCGCAAGUGCUGGCGCGUCUGCCUUUGGCAGGCUGGGUGGGGGCUUUGGUGGCGGACUUGGAAGCAGCUUCGCCGGUGGCAGUGGUCCGAAGCUGAGCAGUUUUGGUGGUGGCAGCGGCCCGAAGAUUACGGGCUUGAGUGACAAGCCAGCCAAGCCUUUUGGCGCCCCCGCCGAUGAGGAUGAAGGUUCUGGCGAAGAGGGCGAGGCCGAAAAAGUGUUGAGCCCCACAAAUGAGGAAGACCACAAGGACGAACGCUUCUUCGAGCAGGAUGUCGAGACCGGCGAAGAGCACGAAGAAACCGUUUUCGUCUGCCGUGCCAAGCUGUACAACUUCGUUGCCGUCACAGAAAGCAAGAAAGAGUGGAAGGAACGUGGUCUUGGCAACUUGAAGCUCAACGUCAUGAAGCCCGAGGAAGCCGACGGCAAGAAGAAGGCACGCUUCGUCAUGCGUUCGGAUGGUUCCCAUCGUGUGGCCCUCAACAGCCCUGUCCAGAAGGAGCUCAAGGUCGGCGAUGUCAAGGGUGGCAAGCCUAGCAACGGCUACGUCUUCUUCAUGGGCUCUUUGGCUGAUGGCCAAGGCCAGUUGGAGCUACUGCAGCUCAAGAUGAAGCAACCCAACGCCGAGGCUCUGUGGGACAAGGUCCAGGAGCUGCAACAGGAGAUGUAG